AUGGAGACACCUUUCUACCACGAGGACUCUCCGGCUGUCCCCGGCUGCAGACGCCUCGCUGAGGACCAGCGGUACCCGGGACACAAGAUGCUGAUGAGUAAGAGGUCCAUGUCAGCGCCGGGCAGUCAUCACUGCCCCGGCGGUGACGCCACAGGAGGGAGGGGGGGAACCAGCAACCCGGGGCUCGGGGGGAACAGCUCCCUGAUGUCGGCGGUGGCCUCGGCAGCGUCUCCGGGGGACAUGAACCUGCUGCAGCUGGCGUCGCCCGACCUGGAGCACCUGAUCAUUCAGACCAAUCAGGGACUGGUCACAACCUGCCCCCCCUCCAACCCCUUCAUCUACCGCAACCAGGCGACCAACGAACAAGAAGGAUUCGCCGACGGCUUCGUCAAAGCGCUGGCUGACCUUCACCAGCAGAACCAGCUGGUGGGAGGCGGCCCCAUGUCCCCGUCCAGCUCCGUCUCCCUGCAGGGGGCCUAUCAGAGGAGCCUGAUGUCCGCCGCUGACCCCCCCGUCUACACUAACCUCAGCAGCUACACCCGGGGCCAGAUGCCUUAUUCUGGAGGGCAGGGAGCGUACGGUGGCGGCUCAGGACACGGUGGACCACCUCAGCCUCACACCCGAGGCAUGGACGUCCCCCAGACCGUCCCCGAGGUGCCUCACCCAUCAGGUGACCCCAUGUCCCCUCCCUCCCUCUCCCCGAUCGACCUAGAGACGCAGGAGCGAAUUAAAGCCGAACGCAAGAAGCUCCGCAACCGCGUCGCCGCGUCCAAGUGCCGCCAGCGGAAGCUGGAGCGGAUCUCACGGCUGGAGGAGAAGGUGAAGGUCCUGAAGACCCAGAACUCAGACCUGGCCUCCACGGCCUCCACGUUGAGGGAGCAGGUCGCUCAGCUCAAACAGAAGGUCAAGGGUCACAUCACCAACGGCUGCCAGAUCACUGUCAGCUCCGCGACCGCCACCAGGCCUGGACGAGGAGGACGAGGAGGACGAGGAGGACGAGGAGGGACGGGCAGCGAGGACUGUUGA